AUGACGCAGCGUCGCCGGCGCCUGGCCCGCGAAGGAUCCGACGGAAACUACGUCAAUGCCUUCAUCACGCUGGAGGGCGUCACGCUGGAGGGCGUCCCGCGUCGCCAUCCCCAGCGCGAAGGACCCGAUCAAAGCAACGGUAAUGCCGUCAUGCAGGAGCAGGAACUGCCGUCGCUCAAUAGCCGCCGGGAACGUUCCGAGCUGCACUACAUCAAUGACGUCAUGCCGGUGCAGGACCUGCAGUUGCUUCUUCCCCGUCGUGAGCUUAAUUACGUCAAUGACGUCAUGCCGGUGCAGGAUCUGCAGUCGCUGAAUCCCCGUCGUGAACAUCGUGAGGCACACUUCGUCAAUAACAACAUGCCGCUGCAGGAUCUGCAGUCGCUGCAUCCUCGUCGUAUGCAUCGCGAGGUCAAUUUCGUCAAUAACAACAUGCCGGUGCAGGAUCUGCAGUCGCUGAAUCCCCGUCGUGACCGUCGCGAAGUCAAUUUCGUCAAUAACAACAUGCCGCUGCAGGAUCUGCAGUCGCUGAAUCCCCGUCGUGGCCGUCGCGAAAUCAACUUCGUCAAUAACAACAUGCCGCUGCAGGAUCUGCAGUCGCUGAAUCCCCGUCGUGGGCGUCGCGACGUUAACUUCGUCAAUAACAACAUGCCGCUGCAGGAUCUGCAGUCGCUGCAUCCUCGUCGUGAGGGUCCAGAGAACAACUACGCCAAUGACGUCGUCCCGGAGCAGGGCCUGAAGCCGCUCCUUCCCCGUCGUGAGGUUAGCUUCGCCAAUGACAACAUGCCGGUGCAGGGCCUGCAGUCGCUGCAUCCCCGCCGUGAGCGUCCCAACCAAUGCUACGCCAAUGAGGUCAUCAUUGUGCCACUGCAGCCGCUCUAUCCCCAACGCGAACGUCCCGACCAAAACCAUGGCGACAUCACGGUGCAGGGCGUUCCGCCGCACCAUCCUCUGAUCGAACGACCCGAGGGCGAGGACGUCCACAAGACUACCUACAUGGAGACGAUGAUGCAGCUGUGCAAGGGGAACAUUGGCACCGGGUGCUACGCAAUGGGCGUCGCGUUCAAAAAUGGGGGCCUCUUGUUUGGCACCAUUGUCACGCUUCUGAUCGGCUUCGUGUGCGUUCACUGCCAGCACGUACUGAUCAACUGCGCGAAGCUUAUGCAGGACCGCAACCAGCGAGCGCGUCACGAGCAGCGCCAAAUGGUGUUCAACAACAGCAUGUUGUCGCCGCCGCCGUCGGUCGUGAUAGAAGAGCCGCCGCCCGACUUCGCCGAGACCGUCGGGAUGUGUUUCCGCUACGGGCCACGUGCGAUCCGUCGCUGGGCCACCCCCAUGCGCCGCGCCGUCAACGUGUUGAUUUGCGUGUCCCAGCUCGGGUUGUGCUGCAUCUACUUCGUGUUCAUCAGCUCCAACUUUAAGCAGAUCGCCGAUCGAUUCGGGCUGAUUCUGGACGUGCACCUCAUCAUGGCGCUGCUGCUCGUCCCAGUCAUCCUGACAUCGAUAAUCACCAAGUUGAAGUUCUUGUCGUAUUGCUCGCUGGUCGCCAACGUACUGAUGGCGAUCGGCAUCGGCAUCACGUUCUACUACGCGCUCAAGGAUCCGCUGCCACCGAUAGCCGAGCGUCGCCUGAUGGGCAGCUCCGAUCAGCUUCCGCUUUUCUACGGUAUAGCCAUCUUCGCAUUCGAGGGUAUCGCUCUCGUCCUGCCGCUUCAGAACGAGAUGAAGGAACCAGCCGAAUUCGGCAAAACGUACGGCGUGCUGAACGUCGGCAUGGUGUUCGUCGUGUUGCUCUACACCGCGUUCGGAUUCGUUGGCUACCUGCGCUGGGGCGACGCAGUGGAGGGCACCAUGACACUUAACUUGCCCGACGGCGAGCUACUGGCCGAAAGUGUGAAGGUGAUGAUCUCGACCGGAGUGCUGCUCGGGUUCGCACUGCAGUUCUUCGUCGCUAUUAUGAUCAUGUGGCCGACGGUAAUGUGCCACUGGAGAUACGCCUCUCGGCACCCGGGCAAGGCCGAAAUGAUGUUCCGCGUAGUAAUGGUGCUGAUCACCUUUGUCAUCGCCGAGUGUGUCCCGAAGCUAAGCCUGUUCAUUUCGCUGAUUGGGGCGUUCUGCUCGUCCGCGUUGGCCCUCAUUAUACCGCCGGUCAUCGAGCUGAUCGUGGAGUUCAGCGAAGUAAACUCUCGACCCCACACUCGUACCUUGCUGUUGGUGAAGAACGGCUGCAUCCUCCUGAUCGCUCUGGUCGGCUUCGGCACCGGUACCUACCAAAGUCUGUCGAAGAUCAUUCAAGAGUUCUAA